GGCGCCAGGCCGCCGCCUCGAAGAAUUAACGAAAGAGAAGCAGAAUUACAUAACAGUUGAAUGCAAUUAUAAAAUAGCUGGCCCGGGUUGGUACCUUAUAGUGGAGAACGAAGGCAUAUUCUCCAAAUGCUCCUAUUGUUAAGAGAGAAAGAGCAUGAACCCUCUCCUUGAGCUAAACCCUGAGUCCUGUAUUAUAGUAAUAGGGCCUUCUUUGGCUCGAUCUUGUCUUCCAGAAGGAGAGGGAGCAGGAGAAAGUGGUGAUAGAUCCCUUUGCCUUUCUUUCCUCUCUCUCAUGCUAGCCGGAGCAUCUCUCCUUGGAAAAGAGCAACGUGGGGAUCUGCAGGAGCAACUCAAAAAUGGAGACCUGGACAAAGUACUUGAGCUAGAGUCCAUUCUUGCUAGCAAGUCAUUGAGGAAGAAAUGGCUCAAAGAAAGUCUCACGUUAUCAUCAACGCAGGACAAGAGGCUAUCAGUCUCGGAGACAUUGCAACUAUUGCUAAGAUUGCAGGAGAAAGGCUCCAGGCUAGUUUAUACAGGCUACGACAUGAUACUUGACACUGUAGCGGGCUCUACACCUGUACUUAUACCUCCAAAUGAUGAGUCUCAACAUUCAUCUUCCUCCAACCUACUGAGCAGGUGGAUCAAAGGAUCCACCAAUGGAUUCCUCCACAUUCAUGGCUGCAUUUCUUCAGCAUCAGAGACUCCAUCAUCAGAACACAUUGUUAUACAUCAUUCACAAUACACUCCACUAGUAAACUCACCACUCUUUCUUCCUCUCAAAGAACUCUUCAGGCAUCGCUCUAUCCUUUUCCUUGGGCACGAGACGGACUACUUUAAUCCUCUCCUCCCUCAAAUGAUAAAGAUUUUACUCGGAGAGAACGAGAUCCUUAAAAACCCUCCGAUACUCAUAUCGUCUCUUCAACAUUCAAAGGUACCCAAAUCCUUCUUGCACCUUCAGAUCUCAAAGCACGAGGAGAGCCACUGUCUACAAGAGUUAAUAAACGAGAGCAAGGGAGAGACCUCAUUUAUAUCAGGUAAGAGUGCUGAUAAGAGCAUAGACAGAGACUGCAUAAGAUCACAGGCUAUCCUUCUGUUCAGUGAGAAGCAAAGCUUCAGGAAACUCGGGGACAUCAUUUACCAGUUGAACCAGUCAGGCGAGAUAUAUGUGAGGAGAGACGCACUCACAAUUCUCUUUGGAAAUAGAAUAAUGUAUGGGAAUAUCCUCACCUAUGGAGGUAAUGGGUUACACCAGAUAUGGGAUCUAGUCCUCUUUAAAGACUCUGUCCUACAGAGCAAGGGGCUGGUAGCGAUUGCGCUCCUUAGCUCUUUUAUGGUGUGGGUAAAUCGGAAGCCAGAAGGUCUGGGGUCUAUAACGGAUGUAAAUACUUUUCAUUCCCUCUGGAACAACUCACUGACUGCGAUAAAUCAGUCCGGACUCACAACCGUUUCCAUUCCAUCCAAGUCAAUCACUUCAUCAGUUGUCACUUCUCCUCCCCACUCCCCUGUAUUCUCACCAUUAACCACAGGACCAUCACCAAUAACAUACACUCCAGGCCCUCCUCCCCGCCAGCACUCAUUCCUUCCUCUGCUACCUUUCAAUCUACUUCAGUUCACUCGGACUCCUUUGCUACCUCUUCCAGUCCUACCCUUGACAACCGUCCCUUCUCUAGGAGGACGUCGUGUGUCACUCAACAACCCCACGACUAACCUGUCCUUCAUGCAGCAUAACAUUAUGAGCAGUAUGACUACUGGUAUGGGAAUGAGUCCUGUGACUGGUACAGGAAUGAGUCUUGCUACUGGUACUAGAGUGAGUCCUGUUACCAGUACGGGAAUGAGUCUUGCUACUGGUACUGGAGUGAGUCCUGUUACCGGUACGGGAAUGAGUCUUGCUACUGGUACAAGAAUGAGUCUUACUACUAGUGAAGGAAUGAGUGGAAUGGUUGUAACAAGAGGCUCUAAUUAUAAAGAUAGUGAUAACGAGAGCAAUAUAAGUGUUGAUGAUCCAGCCGUUACUGUCAAUGAAGAGAGAGUUAUGGCCGGAGAAGCAAGGACUCAGAGAUUGAGUGAAAGCUCUUCUAGCAGUAGCGUCAACUCAACCGAUCACAUUAUAACGAAUAAUGCGACCAACACUUAUUCUUACGGAUCAAGACUGUUGGUAGCGGAGAGUCCCACAAGUCAAGAAGAUGCACUUGAUAAGAUACUAGCACUAGGGGAAGUGUCUAUAACCCACCAUGAUACAAGAGGAGCUAGCAGAGUAAUGCCUGCUCCUACUCAAAGAAAUCCACUACAGUUGCUGCCAUCUCCUUUAAGCUUUUUACCACAGUCAUUUCCACUUAGAGCCGGACUCUCAUCAGCUUAUUCACCUCUACUGGCUUAUUCAUCGUCACCUUACAUGCCUCUACUGGUUGCUAACCAGCCCCAGGGACUAGGGGGUUUCAUAAACCCAGGGGCUGCCUUAUUGCCUUUAAGAACAGUGCUACCGCCAACUUGUGCUGGAGCUAGCUUUCUGCCAAACACUGUAAGACAUGUAGCCAUAAAUCAAUCAGGAAUUAUAGAACAAAGUAUGGAAGAAGAGCCGCAAGCUGGACAAAGGAGUAAUAGUAAUAAUACAGAGAAAUCUACUACUGAUAGUAAUGGACACAUACGUGGAAGAAGAAAAACAAUGAGUACACCUGUUUCUGUUAAUGAUGAUGGGAUCAUCAGUCCUUCAUUCCAGGAGAGAAUGAUUUCACAGCCUUUGCCCCCUCCACCUUCCCUACGGCCAUUGAGAGAAGAUGAGCAGAGGUCAGCAAGGAGUCCACCAGCACUCAUUAGAAUAGAGGAAUUGGAGACCAGUCAGAGCAAGAGAAGAAGAGAGACAGAUGAUAUGAGAGGGGAAACCGCAAAGAAAGAGAGAAGGGAUGCACUGGAAGACUUGUCAUUGGAAAGGAAAAAUGAAAAGGUGUCAUCAUCAUCAUCAUCAUCAUCAUCAUCAUCAUCAAUAGAAAAGGUUCCAGUUGAGUUUCCAUCCGAUCAUUUAUGGAAGUUUCUCCUCCACCUUCUCUUGUCUCCUAAUCACGGACACGUCAUACAAUGGACCGGGCAAGGAUACGAGUUCCGCAUCACCGAUCACUCCGCCCUUACUCAAAUGUGGGCAUGUCAUUCAAACUCCGCCCCACUCUCGUAUCACGGUCUCAUAGGAGAACUAAGGAGCUACUCGGGACUUGAGAUUUUAGAAAGUAUUUCAGAAGACGAACUCAUCUAUCAAUUCAAAUUAGACAUUCAGGCUUACCUUAGUAUUCACAUUAACUCAAUCUCCACAAAGUCGUAGUCAACUGACCGACCAACAAGCAAGUCAUGUGACUCUUCUCUCAUGUGACAUGAUUCAAUCGCCAAAUAUCACUUUACUAGCGGCAGAUUAGUUAAAAUUAAUGAUAGUCAAGGAAUUGACUUUAAAAGACGAUAGAGACAUUACUAAUUUAAAUUAUUUUCUAUUAUCAUAUUAAAACUAUCACUAAAGAUUAUUAUUUUUGUUAUUUAAUUUUAAUGAUGUCUGUCUGGGACUCAUUAUAUCACAGUCUGAAGGUUAUAAAAAUCAUUUGUCUGACAAGUUUACCAC